GAACUCCUCUGAUCACGUUUUAACUUACCUACCUGCUGGACGAGUAAGUACACACACGCACACACGUGUUUUUUAAUAUGUCGUUAAUCUCUUCGCAGUGAUUUGACAAUUGAUACGUUGACCUUCAUGUUUUCUCGCCGACUUCGACAACAAAAAUACGGUUCAUUGAUUCAACUUUCCCGGUUGAAUCUCGAUCAGAGUUUUUUAUUAUGAGGAGUGAUCGUGUCAAGCUGUACGAAUCGUGAAUGAAAAAAGUUCGAUCUUGCUACCAUGUGGGCAGACACUAUCCUGAUUUUGUUUAUCAGCAUAUGCACAGCGUUGUUGGGUGAAGGUAAGAGCACUAAGGGUUAACGUGGUUGAUGGUGUACAGAACUGAGAAAUAUCAAAAACUGAAGGCAGAGGUCGAGAAGCAGAGCAAAAAGCUGGAGAAAAGGAAAGAAGCGCAUGGCGACUCCUUGGACAGGCAGCAGAAGAAAAAGAUUGAACGAGAGGAGGAGAGGUUAAAGAAUAAUAACCGAGACUUGUCCCUCGUAAAGAUGAAGUCGAUGUUUGCGAUUGGGUUUGCAUUCACAGCACUGCUCAGUAUGUUCAACAAUAUAUUUGAUGGACGAGUGGUUGCCAGAUUGCCGUUUGUCCCAAUCAGUUGGAUACAAGGCCUGUCGCACAGAAAUCUCCCAGGCGACGAUUACACGGAGUGUUCAUUCAUAUUUUUGUAUAUAUUGUGUACUAUGAGCAUCAGACAGAACAUUCAGAAAAUGCUUGGCUUCGCGCCAUCCAGAACAGCGAGCAAGCAGAGUGGCAGUAUUUUCGGACCUCCGCCUCAGCAGUUUAAGUAAAAAUUCAAAUUUAAUGAAUUAUUACUGAUGAACUUUACAAAGUGGUGAUUUACAGAAAUCCGUUUUGUACAAUUUAAUGUGUGUAUGUGUGUGAGAUUUUGAAAAUUUAGUUAUAUCCAAUUACUCUUGAUAACUUCACAUGCUACUUGAUACGUUCCACAUUGAAUUAUAUUUAAACAAUGUCUUCGGAUUUUCCUAUUCCUUUCAUGUUUAAAAUAGUGUAAUUUUUGCGCUUGAUAUUGAAAUAUAUAUUACAAUUUUCUUGUUUGUUAAA